AAUAUGUCAGUUAAAUAUGACAACCUCCAUUGUCAAGAAAUCGUGUUUUUCUUUGAACUCAAGAAAAAUAAUUACAUCUUCCUUCAGUUCAUAAAGGUGAGCCAACACGUUGCCUUUGGACUGCCGGCGUACUUCUGUAUGGAACAGAAGAACUUCAUGAUCAGAAUCGAGAUCCUCGUAAAGUAAAGUAAAUAACCGACUGUUCAAAGCGUUGCUCUUGAUGUAGUUUACAAUCCUUAUAGCCGAGUCCAAAGUCUAGCGUAAUUUCUGUGGCAAUGUUUUGGAAGCCAAAGCUUGCCGAUGAAUAACACAAUGUGUACUAAC